GAUUGAUCGAGGCUUCCAGCUCGAGUCGAAAACUAUAAUGUGAGAUGGGGUCCAAUCCUACAAUAUUUAUAUAUCUGUUUGUCUAUGACCCAGCCUCACCCCUUACAUCUAAGCCUGCCUUGAUUACAAUUCAAUUAUUUCGAGGCCAGUUUUCAAUGUGAAAAAUUAAACGUCGUUCAGAUCAUACGUCACAUGGAAACAACUUCUUUAGCAAUUUCCCGACCGUACCUUUUCUCGGGGUUCUCGGAUGAAUUGUUUGUACGGAUAUUCCCGUGUCAAGAUUUCCUUGAACCUUUAGCAUCGAGGUUUACCACUUGCUUGGACAACCACUUUUUUUGGGGGGUUACUUGUAAAACCCCUGAGAAAGGCGUGAAAUCAUGCCUCAUGUUGUGUCUCAAAUGCAGCCAAGGGAAAGGCCCCAACAGACUCCUCACUCAAAACGAACAAUGAUGAAGAAUGCAAUUUCUCAAGAUAACCUUCGCUCAUCUACCACUCCUCGUCGUCGAAAUGCAAAUGGCCCAACUCCUACCUUGAGUCUGCUCGUUACCCCACAAGGUGCAUGGAACUAUAUACCAGGUCGACAACAUUCAAAACAAUUUUCCCCCGAUAGAAUGACACCUAUCUCCGCCGUCGAUUCCGUUUUCGAAUUAUCUUCGGCAGCUACAAAUGCUUCCCCGAACUCAGCCACAUCAUCAUUUAUUGCUGAACUAGAAGAUACUUCUCCUGGGGCAGUCAAACCCCAAAAAAUUAAUAUGGAUCCGAAGUCCCCACUUAGUCCUACACGUUCGUUACAUGCAGCUACUGCCAUUGAAGCUAUUAAUGACUUCGAGGCAGAGAAUAAGCGUCUUCUUGAGCGGGCUAUUGCGGCUGAAAAUGCAGCAAAGAUAUUAGAGGAGCAAAAUAUCAAUCUCCGACGAAAGGUCAACUAUUAUAUGGAACAACAUAGACCGAAAACAGCACCAGCUCAGAGGAACUCACAAGACUUACACAAGCGCAAUACUACGUACAGCAAAACAACACCUCUAUCCGCUUUCAACACCAUGAUGGAUCAUGUGGAGGCUGAGUAUUUGCCACCUUCUAUGAAUGAUACACCUUCACCAUUGCCUCGACGAAAAUCUUCGCUCCCAUCAGAUUUACUAGUUUCUCAACAAAGUGAAAUCACGCCCAACAAAUUUGGCCCAAGUGGAUUUAUUCCUUCGCGGCGGCCUCCUCCAAUUCCAGAGUGUAAAAAGGUUCCUUCAUCAAAAAACCAAGCCCGUUAUCGUGAUACAUUAAAAAAGAACGAUGUGAGCACUCCAAGAACAACACGUUCUAAUAGUCGAAUGACCAAAAUUUCCUUGUCGGAUGCAACUCUUAGAUCAAAACCAUUACCGUGGGCUCCAUCAGCAAUUCCGGGUAUGGUUGAAAUUGGCAGUACAUAUGAAGACGCAGCCCCUACAUUACAAUUGAGAUCCAAGAAAAGUUUCGCAAAAUUCUUUAGAAAAGCAAAAAAGGAAUGACGAAUAAGUAGCGUUCCUGUUCACAAAUUCAUUCUUUGUCAGUAAUACCAUGGAGGAAUAUAUUGGGAUGCGAUAUCAUGCACCCCAGGCGCUUUGGACUUGUAAUUGUAUAUAAUUAUGAAUAACGAAAAUGGUAUAUAUGUGGAGUAAUUGGGUGUUGGCCGCGGAGUCAGAAUUUUACGCGGACUUUUCAGAAUGAGGGAAUGGUAGUUGAUUAAUAAUAUCCUAUUGCUUCCGCAUUCA